CGAGGCGGGGCGGGCUGGCCCGCUCAGUUCCUGUGCCCGCGGCGUCAGCCCGGUCCCGCUACCGCCGCUAUGCGCAGCCGGAGCAACUCGGGCGUGCGUCUGGACGGCUACGGGCGCCUGGUGCAGCAGACCAUCCUCCGGCACCAGGACGCAGUGACGGGCUUGCUCCCCGCCAGCGCCGACCACCAGGAUGCCUGGGUCCGGGACAACGUCUACAGCAUCCUGGCCGUCUGGGGGCUGGGCCUGGCCUAUCGCAAGAACGCCGACCGUGACGAGGACAAGGCCAAGGCCUAUGAGCUGGAGCAGAGCGUGGUGAAGCUGAUGCGGGGGCUGCUCCAGUGCAUGAUGAGACAGGUGGACAAGGUGGAGGCGUUCAAGUACAGCCGGAGCACCAGGGACUGCCUGCAUGCCAAGUACAACACCCACACCUGUGCCACCGUCGUGGGGGACCACGAGUGGGGUCACCUACAGAUGGAUGCUACCUCCCUCUACCUGCUCAUGCUGGCGCAAAUGACGGCCUCAGGCCUCCAUAUAAUUCACAGCCUGGAUGAAGUCAACUUUAUCCAGAACCUUGUGUUCUAUAUCGAAGCAGCCUACAAAACUGCGGACUUUGGGAUAUGGGAGCGAGGGGACAAGACGAACCAGGGCAUCACCGAGUUGAAUGCUAGCUCCGUUGGCAUGGCCAAGGCUGCCCUGGAGGCACUGGAUGAGCUGGAUCUCUUUGGAGCAAAGGGAGGCCCACAGUCGGUGAUACGGGUGCUGUCGGACGAGGUGCAGCAUUGCCAGUCCAUCCUCCACUCGAUGCUACCCAGGGCCUCUUCAUCAAAGGAGGUGGAUGCCAGUGUGCUCUCUGUCAUCUCCUACCCGGCAUUCGCUGUGGAGGACAGUGAACUGGUGGAGAUCACCAAGCAAGAGAUUAUCACAAAGCUGCAGGGACGCUAUGGCUGCUGCCGCUUCCUCCGGGAUGGUUACAGGACUCCCAAAGAGGACCCCAACCGCCUCUAUUACGAACCUGCUGAGCUGAAGCUGUUUGAGAACAUUGAGUGUGAGUGGCCUCUCUUCUGGGCAUACUUGAUCAUUGAUGGGAUUUUCAGCGGAAACAUGGAGCAGGUGCAAGAGUACCGGGAAGCCCUUGAGGGGGUUCUCAUCAAGGGGAAGAAUGGCGUGCGCCUGGUGCCAGAGCUGUACAGCGUUCCAUCAGAUAAGGUGGAUGAGGAGUACAGGAACCCCCACACUGUGGACAGGAUACCCAUGGGCAAGCUGCCGCUCAUGUGGGGGCAGUCCCUCUACAUCCUAGGCUGCCUGAUGGCCGAGGGGUUUCUAGCUCCCGGUGAAAUAGAUCCCCUCAACCGUCGGUUUGCAACUGUCCCCAAGCCUGAUGUGGUGGUUCAAGUGUGCAUCCUGGCAGAGACGGAGGGGAUCAAGGCUGUCCUGAGGAAGGAGGACAUUGACGUGGAGACUGUGGCGGAUGUCUACCCCAUAAGAGUGCAGCCUGCUCGCAUCCUCAGCCACAUCUAUGCCCGGCUGGGCCGCAACAAGCAGAUGUGCCUGACGGGACGGCCCUACCGGCACAUGGGCGUCCUUGGAACCUCCAAGCUCUACAACAUCAGGAAGAACAUCUUUACCUUUACCCCGCAGUUCAUAGACCAGCAGCAGUUCUACCUGGCUCUCGACAACAAGAUGAUUGUGGAGAUGCUGAGGACAGACCUCUCAUACCUCUGCAGCCGCUGGAGGAUGACUGGGCAACCGACCAUCACCUUCCCCAUCUCCCACACCAUGCUCGAUGAAACUGGCAGCAGUGUGCACCCCACAGUGCUGGCAACGCUGCGGAAGCUGCAGGAUGGGUAUUUUGGUGGUGCAAGGAUCCAGACGGGUAAGUUGUCGGAGUUCCUGACAACAUCGUGCCGAACACACCUCAGCUUUAUGGACCCUGGGCCAGAGGGUAAGGUCUUUGCCAAGAGUUAUGAGCUCAGCAUUGACAGCUUUGAGGAUCUAGACGCUGAGGAGUGGCUGCAUGGCUUGCAGAUAGCAGAGGAUGCAGACACAUACGAUGAGGUUGCUCAGUACCUGGACCACCUGCUGCAGCGCACGGUUCCCCAGUCUAACCUCCCUCCCACUGCCCAGCGGGGAGGGCUGAGCCGCUUUCGGGCUGCUGUCCACACCACCCGUGACCUCAUAUCCCUUGCGUCCAAAGCCAAGGACCUUCAUGUCCAGAAUGUUGGGAUGUAUGUCCCCAGCAAGAUCUUCCAGGCGUCCCAGCAGUCGGUCAAGUUGCUGAGUUCACCCCACCAGCAUGAUGUGGAUGGCAAGAGCCAUGCACUCCAUGCAGAGAUGAAUCUGCCCCGUGAUAAGGAUGGCAAUGUGGACUGUAAGGCACUGGUGGACCAGCUGCGCAUUUGCCCCACACUGCAGGAGCAAGCAGACAUCCUCUACAUGCUCCACAUCCUCAAGGGGCCUGAGUGGCACACGGGGCUUGAUAGCGAGCCUGGCCCCACCGUCAAGGAGCUCCUCACUGAGCUGUACGUGCGGGUGGGGGACACACGCCAGUGGGCCCUGAUCCGCUACAUCUCUGGCAUCCUCAAGAAGAAGGUGGAAGCUCUGGAUGAGGCCUGCACUGACCUCCUGUCUCACCAGAAACACUUGACGGUGGGGCUGCCCCCAGAGCCACGUGAGAAGACGAUCUCCGCUCCGAUCCCCUAUGAGGAGCUCGUUCACCUCAUUGAUGAAGCUAGCGAGAAGAACCUCAGUGUGUCCAUCCUCACCCAGGAGAUCAUGGUGUACUUGGCCAUGUACAUACGCACGCAGCCUGCGCUCUUUGCUGAGAUGUUCCGCAUCCGCAUUGGGCUCAUCAUCCAGGUGAUGGCAACGGAGCUGGCACACUCCCUGCGCUGCUCGGCUGGAGAAGCCACUGAGAACCUGAUGAAUCUCAGCCCGUCAGACAUGAAGAGCCUCCUCUACCACAUCCUCUCUGGCAAGGAGUUUGGGGUUGAAAGGAGUGUGCGAUCGGUCGACUCAUCGCUCACCACCGCCGUCUCCAUCUGCGAGGUGGGGGCUGUUGGGGCCACUAAGCCUGAGCGUGCUGGCAUCGUCAGGCUGAAAAGUGAGAUCAAACAGCAAUUGGAUAAACGUAGGCAGUCUCUGACUGGGAGUAAGCCCCUCAGUUUGCAGUCCGGGGAUGCUGACCUGAAGUCCUCUCUGUCUGCUGGACACUCAGAGUUGCUGGGCAAGGGCUCCUUUUCAAGCAUGGUGGAAGACCAGGGCAGUAAGGACAGCCGCCAGGGCCAGUGGCAGCGGAGACGGCGGUUGGAUGGGGCCCUCAACCGUGUCCCUGUGGGCUUCUACCAGAAGGUCUGGAAGGUCCUGCAGAAGUGCCAUGGCCUCUCUGUGGAGGGCUUUGUUCUCCCCUCUUCAACAACCAAAGAGAUGACCCCAGGGGAAAUGAAGUUUGCUGUGCACGUGGAGUCAGUCCUCAACCGUGUGCCCCAGCCAGAGUACAGGCAGCUGCUGGUGGAGGCUAUCUUAGUGCUUACCAUGCUAGUGGACAUGGAAGUGCACACCAUCGGUGGUAUCAUAGCUGUGGAAAAGAUCUUGCAGACAGCCAAUGACCUCUUCUAUGAGGAGCAGAAAGCCCUGGGCGCUGACGACCACAUGCUGGAGAGGGAUCCUGCGACAGGCAUCUGCAGCCUGCUGUAUGACAGUGCGCCGAGUGGUCGGUUUGGCACCAUGACUUACCUGUCGAAGUCAGUGGCCAUGUAUGUGUACGACUUCCUGCCCACCGAUGGCUGCUCCAUGCAGUAGCUCUUGCAGCUCCUCUCCCCAGGUUGCAGGUGCUGCAGGAGGGUUGUUUCAUACAGGUUUUAAAGGUGGGCAUUAGGCUAGUUUGCAGGCAGCCCAUGUGGCCAUCUCUCCUCCCAGUCCUGGCCUCUUGGUGGGUAAGCAGCAAUCCCAAGGAGCUCCGCAGGAGGCAUGCAUGCUAAGCUGACCUGUGCCUGCAUGCAGCCUAUGGAGCAAGGGCUGGCAGGGAAAGGCUGAGCUUUGAAGCCUGCUUGUGUUAGAAGAGUCUGCCUGCAUGGCUCCUCCUGGGCCAUCAUCCCUGGAGGUCCAGGAUCCCUGGUUUGAGGGAGAUAGAAAGGGCCCCCGUCACCAGUUGUGUAUGCUCAGCACUGCAGCGCUCCCUCACCAGCUCACGCUCUCCCUGCCUCCAGCAGAUUUGAGAUUUUUAACCUGUUCUGUGCUACUUUUUAUUCCAAAUCUGCAGGGUUUAUACUAGUGUAGGCUGGAGCUCUUGCUCUUCCUGCUGCUGUUGGAAAAACUUUGUUAGAGGAGUAGGGGAUGCUGCCAGAGCCUCUUCUCCAGCACAUGAAAAAUCAGGAGUCCAAUCCAGCCACAGCUGUGCUGCUUGGAAGUGGGCAGCCCAUCAUGCCUUGCUCAGGGGUCCUGUGUGCAGAGCUGGGGAGGGUGUGGGAGCCAGGAGCAUCCUAAGGUGGUAAGAGAUCCCUGUUACCACCAAGCUGUGAGGACAGGGCUGCUGGCUGGCUGGGGGAUGCUGGUGGCAGCCCCUCUGUGCCAUCUGCUCUGUCCCUGACAGUGUUGCUAAUGGCUAAGUUGCAGGUUCCUGAGUUCAUACAUGCCCUGUGAAGCAGCUUUUUGCUGGCUGCUUGGCUUGGUGUUAGCUGUGCAUCACAGAUGUGCCUUUAAUGCUCAGCUCUGGCCUCUGCCCCAGGUCCCACAGCCUUGCACAGAAAAGGGGUGGUGACUUUAGAGUGGGUCCCAGCUCUGGUCUAUCCUGCAGGUCAAAUCCCACAUAGGAUAAUGUGGUUGGACUGAUAGGGAUCAGGCACACAAAAUCACAGAAUGGUUUGGGGUGGAAGGGAUCUUUUAAAGGUCAUCUAAUCCAACCCCCUUGCAAUGAGCAGACACAUCUUCAGCUAGAUCAGGUUGCUCAGAUCCCCGUCCAAUCUGACCUUGAAUGUUUCCAGGAAUGGGGCAACUACUGCCUCUCUGGUCAGCACGUGCCAGUGUUUUGCCACCCUCGUUGAAAAACAUUUAUUUCUUAGAUCUAGUCUAAAUCUACCUUCUUUCACUUUAAAAUUGUUUCCCUGUGUCCUGUUGCUGCAGGCGCUGGUAAAAAGCUUGUCUCCAUCUGUCUUAAAAGCCCUCUUUACGUACUGAAAGGCUGCAAUAAGGUCUCCCCAUGGAGCCUUCUCUUCUCCAGGCUGAACAACCCCAACUCUCUCAGCCUUUCUUUAUAAGCAGAGGGGUUCCAGCCCUUGGACCAUUUCUGUGGCCUCCUCUGGACCCGCUCCAAAAGGUCCGUGUCCUCCUUGUGCUGGGGAUGCCAAAGCUGGAUGCAGGACUCCAGCGGGGGUCUCACCAGAGCAGAGUGGAAGGGCAGAAUCCCCUCCCUCCACCUGCUGGCCGUGCUGCAGGUGAUGCACCCAGGACACAGCUGGCCUGGGCUGCGAGUGCACAUUGUCGGCACAUGUCCAGCUUUUCAUCCACCAGUUACCCCCAGGUCCUUCUAGGCUGGGCUGCUCCCAAACCUUUCAUCCCCCAGCCUGUACUGGUACUGGGGAUUGCCUUGACCCAGGUACAGGACCUUGCACUGGGCCUUGUUGAACCUCAUGAGGUUCACAUGGGCCUAACUCCUCCAGCCAGUCAAGAUCUCUCUGGACGGCAUCCUGUCCCUCAGGUGUGCCAACCACACAACUCAGCUUGGUGUCAUCUGAAAAUUUGCUGAGGUGUUUCCCUUUUUCCAGUCACUGAGGACUUCACCUGACUGCCAUGACUUUUCUAAUAUCAUGGAGAGUGGCUUGGCAACUACAUCAGCCAAUUGCCCCAGGACUCUGGGUUGCAUCUUGUCAGGUUACAUAGACUUAUGUAUGCUCAAGUUCCUCAGGUGGUCACAAACCUGAUCUCUUCUAGUGGGAGGGAUUUUUCUCCCCCCAUCCCUGCCUUGCAGUCUGUCCACUUGAGAGGUGCGGAAAGAGAGGUUGCCAGUGAAGACUGAGGCAAAAAAAAUUGAGUGCCUCAGCCUUGUCCUCGUCUGCUGUUACCAGUUUGGCAGUUGUGUUUAUAUCAGGGUGGAUAUGCUUUCUUUGGCCUUCGUUUUUCUGGCUGACACACCUGUAGAAGCCCUUCUCAUUCUUUGCGUCGCUUGCCAAAUUCAGCUCCAGCCAUGCCUUGGCCUUUCUGACACUCUUCCUACAAAACCGGGCAGCAUCCCUAUACUUUUCUCAGGAUACCUGUCCCUGCUUCCGCUGCCUGUGUAUUUCCUUCUUGCCCUUUAGUUUGACCAGCAGGUCUUGACUCAUCUGUGCUGGUCUCUUGCCUUCCUGAUUUCUUACACCUGGGCAUCAGGAGCCCUUGUGCUCUAUGGAUAGUGUCCUUAAAGAUCUGCCAGCUCUGUUCUGCUCCCUUGUCCCUGAGGGCAGUUUCCCAGGGGAUCCUAUUGACUAACUUCUUGAAGAGCUGGAAGUUUACUUUCCUAAAAUUCAGGGUCCUGACUUUACUCUUCGCCUGACCCACAUCCCUCAGGUCUGUGAACUCCGCCAGUGCAUGAUCACUGCCACACAGGCUGCCUCUAAUCUUGAUGCCAGUGAUUAGCUCACUUGUGUUGGUGACUUAACAGGUCCAGUAUCACAUCCCCUCUGGUAGGGCUGUCUAUUACCAGGUUUAAGAAGUUACUCUCCAUGCACUCCAGGAAUCUCCUGGAUUGCCUACAGCUCACCAUGCUGCUUUUCCAGCAGAUGUUGGGUGAUUGGAGUCCCCCAGUAGGCCAAGAACCUGUGAGCACGAUGACUUCUGUAACUGGAGAAAUAAGACUUUGUCAGUAGGCUCCCUCAAUUGGGCAGUCUGUAGUAGACACCAACCACAAAGUUUUCUUUGUUGCCUUGGUCUCUAAUUCUUACCCUGAAGCUUUCAACCUGGUCAUGGCUAUUCUUCAGAGUCAGCUCUUCCCACUCUAUCCAUUUCUUGAUGUAGAAGGCAACAGUCAUGGGACUUGUCCCACCAAGUUUCAGUAAUAGCAGCUAGGUUGUAGCUUUCUAGCAGCAUGGUGGCUUCCAGCUCCUCCUGUCUGUUGCCCAUGCUGCAUACAUUGGUGUAGAGGCACUUCAGCUAGGCUGUCAGCCAUGUCACCUUCUUAGAGGAACACCCCUUAUUUCCUUUGGAGUAUUUCACUGGUGUUUCCCUACUGGCUGGUAGAACCUCAGGAGCCUCUGGCUCAUCUACGUAAGACUUCAAGCGUGCUUCAGUGUACCCAGCAUGUCUCAGAGGAGCAGGCUCAGGGCCCUCAUUAGCAACCUGUCCCUCUAACCUUGGCAUGUCAUCCACCAGCUUGGCACAGGAGGCCUGAUAUUAUCCCCCUCCCCCUUCAAGUCUAGUUUAAAGUUCUGUCAAUGAGCCCUGCUAGCUCAUGAGCAAAGACCGUCUUCCCUCUCUGACAAAGGUGAAUCCCAUCUGAUGUGAGCAGGCCUGGUUCUGUGUAGGUCAUCCUAUUAUUGGAAAACCCAAAACUGUGGCAGUGGUAUCAGCCACAGAGGUUGUAUUAAUAGACUGGGCCUGUCUGUUUAUUCCAAUGUCCCUGCCCACAACAGGCAGCACCUCUGGUGUAGAUGGAAUGUCAUCCACAACAUCCAUUGACUGGCUUUCCACAGCCAGAGCCUUGUACCUGGGGUACGAGGAAGGCGAGGUGGGUAAGGAGGGGGUUCAUCUGCCAUGCCAAGAAUGGACUUGCUUCCAUUCAGUCCUUUCCUUUAAGCUACUGCCUUCAGCUUGGCAGGGGGAGGAUACAGGAUCCCCUUGAUCUUAGUUGGGUGGAUUUUUUUGUGGUGGUGGUGGUGGUUUGGUUUUUGUUUUUCCCCCCUGGUGGCGCUCCUGCCUCAGGGAGGGCAGAGCUUGGUUCCACCAGACUCUUCCUCUGACUCCCUGAUGCUCCUUAGCCCUCCUGCUUCCUCCUGUAGCUCUGCCACCAGGCUGAGGAGAUCAUCCACCUGGUCAGGCCUUGCACAGCUGUUCUUACUGUCAUCUGUUAGCAGUGAAAGGCUCUAGCACUCUCUGCACCCUGCGGCCUGGGUGGCUGCUUGCUAUUGCGGGAGCUCUGCCUGGGGUGCCACAUCAAUUCUGGCGAGUGCAGAGGACAUAGCUUUCUGCCGUGUGCAUAUCAUAGCUAAGCUCCUUCUGAGAGGAUAAUGACCAUGAACUGAACUCACCUCUUGAGCUGGUAGCAUGACAAUAUUCCCCCCACCUCAAACCACCAUGCCACACUUCUUGCCUGCUGCGGUUCUAGCAUUCCUGGUCACUAGCACUUCCCAGGCUGCUUUUUGUAGGUGCACCAGGAUCUGCUGCUCUGCACUGGGAUGGCUCUGGAGCCGCUCCCCUCAGUGACUGAUGUUUUCCUGUGUGUUUUCUGAUCUCCAGGUUUGUCUGGCCUUAGAGCUGGGCUUGAGAGUGGUUCCUGGUUUGUCUCUCAGGGCUGCUUUCUAAGGGUAGCAGCUAUUCUGUAGUCGUUGCACACUGUUCCUUCAACAUAUGGUAAAUCCUGUCCCAGGUGGAGGGGGCUUGAAGAGAGCGUAAGCCCCAGCCCGCCUUUCUCUAGAGAGACUCAGGAAGCUGCAGCUGGCAGUCAGCAGGCUCUGGGCCAAGUGCAGGGACCCCCAGCAGCAAGCUUUGGGCACCUCCUGGGGCUCCUUUGGGGAGCAGGGCCCAGGGCUGUGUCAUCUCUGGUGGGAGGCCUCCCCGUACAGGGCGGGGGCUGGGCAGGUGGAAGCAUGCAGGCCUCGGGUCUUUUUUAGUGACAAUUAUUACGUUUUUAAAAGAAAAAUCACACCCCCGAGCUGCGUGGGGUGGGGGCGCCCAAUAAAAUAUCUCUAACACGA